AUGUCAAAAAAAACUACUUAUGAGGAAGUAAUAAGGAGUUUAGAAUUAGCCCGCAGACUAUCCUUGGGAUACGAUUACACCUCUACCGAGGAGAAAAAAAUUAACCCCAAUGAUGGUCUAAUAAUAAAAUCUCUUAAAGAAAAAUACCAAAACAUAACCGAUGAAGAUGAGUGGGUUAAAUUUGGAGCCAGAAUGAUUACUACGGCUCAGAAGGAAUUAAGAGUAGUAAAGGAUAAGUUGUCAGAGCAGAUUUUAGCCGAUAGUAAUCAAGCUACCAUUAGGAAGUUAAUCAUGCUUUCUGCCGGGGGUAAAAAGGAAAUUACCACGGUUGCCCCAGAAGUAUUAAAAGAAAAAGAAAGGGAGGAGUUAAGCAGAUUGAGAAAGGAGAAUAAGGAGUUUUUAGAUAAGAUAAGGAAUUUGCCCCCAAGUGAUAAAGAGAUUAUUUCUUUUGCCGAUGCCUUGGAUAAAUUGGAGAAAGUAGCAAGGAAAUUAAUCCCUCCAAUGAUGGAUGUAGGAACUCAAACUGACCUUACUGCUGAACAAAUAACCCAAAUGGAAAAAGAUAUUACUAAAUAUCAGCAAGAUAUCCAAACCGAGCAAGAUAAAGUGAAUUUUCUAACUAACCAAAUAACUAAUCUCCAAGGAGAAAUCAAAAACUUACAAGAACAAGUAAAGAGUUUAGAACCUAAUAAAGCAAAGAAAGAGUUGUUUUAUCUUGUGGAAAAAGGAGUAGCAACUCCUCUUGCUGGCACAAUUCUCCCCGAUGAACUUCUGGAAAGGCUACAAAAUGAGAAAUUAGAAAGGAGAAGUUUACAAACCAAAAUAACUAACCUAGAAAAAGAUAAAAAUGAACUCCGAACUCAAUUAGAUUUAGCCACGAAAACCAAAGAGGAAUUGUCUAAGGAAUUACAAAAAGAAAAGGGAUGGUGGGAAAGUUGGAUAAGGAGUGGCAUUGAAGAAUGA